GUCAAUUUAAUUCAUUCUUCACAGACAUUAAGCAGGUGCUGCUGACUGAAGAAGAAAUUCUCCCUGAACAGCAGGAGUGGAAUAUGGGCGCUGACCAGGAGGACAUUAAAGAGGAACAAGAGGAACUCUGGAUCAGUCAGCAGGGACAGCAGCUUCACCAGCUGGAGGAGGCUGACAUCACUAAGCUCCUUUUCACUGCUGUCACUGUCAAGAGUGAAAAUGAGGAUGAACAACUGGAGUCAUCACAGGUUCCUCAAAGCCAAAGUGAUGAGGGCACAGAGGCUGAGCCUGUAGCCAGCAGCUCAGCAGUACAGAGAACACUCACAGCAGAAGCUGGUGGAGAAGACUAUUGGGGACCACAACCAGCCAGCAAUUCUGGUCCAUACAGUCGUUUACACCCAGAUAGCAGUGACAAAAGUUCAGACAGUUCUGAAACUGAGACUGACAACCACUGUGAAUGGAAACAAACUACAGACCUUUAUUCAGGUUUUAAAUGUCAGAAAAAUAGCAAUGGUUCUGUUAGUAAUAGAAUGUGGAACAUCACUAAGAAACAGUUUAAUUUCUCUCAGUAUAGCCAAGCAAGUGAACACAUGAGCUGUUCAGAGCAAGACACAGGCAUGCAAGCAAGUGAAAAACCAUUUUUCUGUUUGGAAUGUGAUAAAAGAUUUGGACAAAAGAGCAGUUUGAUUCGACACAUGAAAAUUCAUACAGGAGAGAAACCAUUUGGCUGUUCGGAGUGCAGUAAAAGAUUUGGGCUCAAGAGCCAUCUGGUCAGACACAUAAGAUUUCAUACAAGAGAGAAACCAUUUGAAUGUUCUGAGUGUAGUAAAAGAUUUGGACAGAAGGGUGAUCUGCAGACACACAUGACAAUGCAUACAGGAGAAAAACCAUUUACUUGUUUUGAUUGUGCUAAAAGAUUUGGACAAAAGAGCAGUCUGAUUCGACAUGCGAGAAUUCAUACAGGAGAGAAACCAUUUGUCUGUUCUGAUUGUGGUAAAAGAUUUGGGCUCAAGAGCCAUCUGGUGAGACACAUGAAAUUUCAUACCAGAGAGAAACCGUUUGCCUGUUCUGAGUGUGAUAAAAGAUUUUUACUGAAGGGUGAUCUGAACACACACGUUAGAAUGCAUACAGGUCAGAAACCAUUUACCUGUUCUGAGUGUGAUAAAAGAUUUGGACAAAAGGGCAGUCUGAUUAGACACAUGAGAAUUCAUACAGGAGAGAAACCAUUUACCUGUUCUGAAUGUGAUAAAAAAUGUCGAGAUGAGAGCAAUCUGAUUGCGCAUAUGAGAGUUCAUACUGGUCAGAAACCAUUUACCUGUACUGAGUGUGAUAAAAGAUUUGGGCAAAAGAGCAGUCUGAUAAGACACAUAAGAAUUCACACAGGAGAGAAACCGUUUGCCUGUUCUGAAUGUGAUAAAAGAUGUCGUGACGAGAGCAAUCUGAUGAGACACAUGAGAGUUCACACACGGCAGAAACCAUUUGGUUCUGAUUUGGUUGUAGAUUUUUGUAGCUCAAACACAGGAGUCGGGAAUGACACAUGAGACUUGGUGUCUCUG